AUGGAUAAAAAUAUUGAUUCAGUUUUACUAGUAGGUGGUGCAGGCUUUUUAGGUCUUCAUUUAAUUGAACAAUUCUGGAAUCUUACUCCUAGACCAAAAAUCUACGUUUUUGAUGUAAGACCAUUACCAGAGAAAAUAUCAAAGCAAUUUAAGUUUAAUCCCCAAGAAGUUACUGUCUUCCAAGGUGAUCUCACCUCCAGUUUUGAUGUCGAAAAUGCUAUUAGAUUAAGUGGGGUUAAGAUUCUGAUACACUCUGCUUCACCUAUGCAUGGAAAUACUCAAGAAAUAUAUGAUAAAGUGAAUGUUGAAGGUACAAGAAAUUUGCUGGAUAUAUCAAAAAAAAAUGGUAUAAAUAUCUUUAUCUAUACAUCGUCUGCUGGUGUUAUUUUCAAUGGUCAAGAUAUUCGCAAUGCUGAUGAAACUUGGCCAAUUCCAGAUAUUCCAAUGGAUGGUUAUAAUGAAACCAAAGCUAUUGCAGAAAAAAUGGUCUUAGAUGCAAAUGCCCCACACCAUCGGUUUUUAACUGUAUGCUUACGUCCUGCUGGUAUUUUUGGUCCUGGUGAUCGACAACUAGUUCCAGGCUUACGGCAAGUUGCUAAACUAGGCCAAUCUAAAUUUGAAAUUGGUAGUAAUAAUAAUUUGUUUGACUGGACCUAUGCUGGGAACGUUGCCGAUGCUCAUGUGUUAUCUGCCCAAAAAUUAUUGGAUGCCUCAACUGCAGAAUCUAUUAGUGGUGAAACAUUUUUUAUUACCAAUGAUGCACCUUCAUAUUUCUGGGCACUAGCUCGUGCAGUAUGGAAAGCUGAUGGUCAUGUUGACAAAAGAGUAAUUGUUUUGAAUAGAACAGUAGCAAUUAUUGCAGGAUACUUAUCCGAGUUCUUCUCAAAGCUUACUGGAAAGCCACCUGGAUUGACUCCUUUUAGAGUGAAAAUUGUUUGUGCAUAUCGUUAUCAUAAUAUAUCCAAGGCAAAGAAGUUAUUAGGUUAUAAACCUAGAGUUGAUAUCGAAGAAGGUAUCAGAAGGACAUUAGCAUGGAUGGAUGAAGACUUAUGA